ACCGCCCGCGGCUUCCCGUGAUGCUCUGCUCCUCCCAGAGGCCUCUGCGCGUCCCUGAGGACGGUUCGGCCUCGGCCAAGAUGGCGUCCGGCGCCCCCGUACCGCUUAAGGAGCAAAGGCUUCUGAAUGUCAAACUCGGACAGCUGCCGGCAUGGAUAGCAAUGCGGGACUUCUCACCCAGGGGAAUCGGAGGAGCUUUCCGUAGAGGUUACGAUCGAUACUAUAAUAAAUACAUCGACGUGAAGAAAGGGGGUGUUGGAGGUAUCACCAUGGUGCUUGCAGUUUAUGUCCUGAUCAACUACUGUGCUGUUUACAAGGAGCUCAAGCACGAGCGAAUGCGGAAAUACCACUGAGAAGAGAAGCACGCCACAGCUGGUAGAAAUUGCAGGCUGAGAGCGUGGGUGAUGCUAACGUUCUCACUCUCCUCGCUGAAGGCCGUUCGUGUCUAAUUCCAUUGUGUCCUAAUAAAAGAAAGGUUAUAUGUACAAUAAAAGAUGGGUUUAAAUACCAUCUGUGAUCUU